CAGCCAAUGGUGAGUGCGCACUGGUUGGGCUCGCCUCUGCCUCGCCAGUCCCUUCUCGUGCUGCUGUCCUCGGCGUGAACGCGCGUGGUACCCAACGCUCGUGAAGAGGAGGAGGAGGAUGUGGCGCGCGGAGGGGAAAUGGCUGCCGAAAACAAGCCGGAAGGACUGAAGAAAAUCCGUAAUCCGGAUCGAAUGUACAGAUCAGCCGUGUGUUAUUCAGCCCAUGCUGCUCCUAAGAGUGUCAGUGAUGACACAGAGACGAACAAUGAACAUGGACAUUUGAAAAUAUACCUGCCUAAAAAGCUGCUUGAAUGUCUACCAAAAUGCUCCACGUUGCCAAAAGAGAGACACAGGUGGAACACCAAUGAGGAAAUCGCAGCAUACUUGAUAACAUUUGAAAAGCAUGAAGAAUGGUUGACGACAUCCCCUAAAACACGGCCACAGAAUGGGUCGAUGAUCCUAUACAACAGGAAGAAGGUGAAGUACAGAAAGGACGGCUACUGCUGGAAAAAACGGAAAGAUGGGAAGACAACACGAGAGGAUCACAUGAAGCUGAAAGUACAGGGAGUGGAGUGUCUGUAUGGCUGUUACGUCCACUCCUCCAUCAUCCCCACCUUCCACCGCAGGUGCUACUGGCUCUUACAGAAUCCAGACAUCGUGCUGGUCCACUACCUGAAUGUGCCGGCCAUUGAGGAUUGUGGGAAACCAUGUGGGCCCAUUCUGUGCUCCAUCAAUACGGACAAGAAAGAAUGGGCCAAAUGGACAAAGGAGGAGCUCAUCGGCCAGCUGAAGCCUAUGUUUCAUGGAAUCAAGUGGACUUGCAGCAAUGGGAACAGCAGCUCUGGCUUCUCUGUGGAGCAGCUGGUACAGCAGAUACUGGACAGCCACCAGACCAAGCCUCCUCCCCGGACUCACAACUGCCUCUGCACGGGCACGCUGGGCGCUGGGAGCAGCGUACAUCACAAAUGUAACAGCGCCAAACACCGCAUCAUCUCUCCCAAAGUGGACCCUCGUUCAGGCAGCUACAGCAGCACCCACUCCGAGCUCCAGAACAAUGACGUGUCGGAGGGUAAAACAGAGCACAGCCACAGCAGCAAGAACAGCGGGGGUACUGGCGGAGGAAGCGUGCGUGAGAAACGAAACGGCAAGGUCCACAAACCUGUCCUGCUGCACCAGAAUAGCACUGAGGUCUCCUCGACCAAUCAGGUGGAAGUGCCAGACACCACCCAGAAUUCCCCGGUGUCCAUCAGCAGUGGGCUGAACUCUGACCCUGACAUGGCUGACAGUCCAGCGGUCACAGGCAUGGGUCACGUUGCUUCCGUCAUGAGCAGCCUGUCCCAGAGUGUCUUUAUGUCUGAGGUAACUGGGGACCCUGUCUACAGCAUGUCCCCUACUGGAGGGCCCAACGCUCAUAUUAUGGGCCCUGAUGCCACCUCCCACGGCCUGGUCUUGGCAGUCACCUCUGACAGCCACAAGUUUAGCUUUCCUGGUAGUGGGAGCACAGAUGCAGGUGGUCCUGGAGCAGAUGGGCUGUCCAUGCUGUCUGCAUCAGGUGUCUCUGAGGAGCUUGUUCUCUCUAGUAGCCUAGACACAGGCGGCAUUAAAAUCCCAGAAACCACUAUGAACUUUGAUCCCGACUGCUUUCUGAAUAACCCAAAGCAGGGCCAGACAUAUGGGGGAAGCGGAUUAAAGCAGGAAAAUGGUUCGUCACACGCCUCAUGCUCCUCAACGGCUAACACUAACGGUUUGCAACGCUCUCCGUCUAUUUCCGAUACAAACUAUGGCUUCAAUUCUGUGCUGGUGAAGAACAUCAAGACUGAGGACACUUCUUUCGAACAACAACUGGCUAAAGAAGGGAACUACCAGGUGGGGGCAGUAGUGAGCUGUAGUGUGUCCAGUGGUUCUGGUGGCCAAAAUUCUCUUACCUUAACACCCGCUGCCUCUUUACUGCCCUCUGGAGGAGGCUUGAGCCCCAGCACCACCUUGGAGCAAAUGGAUUUCAGUGCCAUUGAUGCAAAGCAAGAUUACUCCUCCGGUGGCUCUGCGGUAGGUUACAGCCAGGCAAUGAAUAACUUAGCUCACCAGAACCGAUCUCCAAGCUUUUUCCUGCAAGAAGCUCCACAGCAAGCCCAGAGCCAGCAGGGUAGGCAGAACUCUGCCCAAAAGGGCCACAUGCUGGAUCAUAACUCACCUGAUGGGGCAUACAUGGGUCUGCAGGUUGUGAAAACAGAAUCGCCUGGCAGCAACGGCCACCACCACCACCACCAUCACACCCACCAGGCCCAGCACAGAUCCAACUGCAAUGGGGGUUCACCCACCGAAGGACAGGGACACGCCGGCUCCCUACAGCUCCUGCAGUAUCAGGGAGGUUUUCCAGGUCUUGGUCCAGAGCAUGAGGAGGUGGUCGGGAUGGAUCAGAGCCGCGGCGUGGGAUCCGGUCAGGUCGGGGCUACGGAAAACGGGACUGAUAGAUCUGGGGAUCACCUACAGGCCUGCGGAGGCGGAGAAGGUGGAGCAGCUGAGCACUUCCUCCAGCAAAGCUCUGAAAAUGGAGCAGGGAAUGAGGCGAUGGCUUUGAGGAAUGGAAAUUCUACCAAUGGGCCCAAUAGCUCACAACAGCAACUCCUGCAGGGAGCAAACUUGGUUCAGGGGCUCUACAACACUGUGGCGGCCCACCAUGGGCUUAGCGGAGCUGGAGCCAACGGUGGAGGGGGCACAGGGAUGGAAAUCAGCCUGGACCAUUUUGACAUCUCGUUCGGUAACCAAUUUUCUGACCUAAUCAAUGACUUCAUCUCGGUGGAUAGUGGAGCUACAGCCGUGGGAGCUGCAGGAACAUUAUACACCCAUCAGUUGGUGGCCCCACCUGGGUCAGAUGGAACGGCCACUUCCGGUGGAAACCAACAGCAAGGUCAAGAAGAUUCAACCAACAGGUCAGCAGGUUACAGCCCUGCAGAGCUCUGCCUGCAGUCCUGCUGUAGCCCUCAGUCUUUGGGUGGAGGUGCUGGUGGAGGGUCAGGAGAGACCGGCUCACUGGCCUACAUGCAUGUGGCUGAAGUAGUGUCAGCAGCGGUGGCCCAGGGCACUCUGGGAAUGUUGCAGGCCACUGGAAGACUGUUCAUCGUCACUGACUAUUCUCCAGAGUGGUCCUACCCAGAGGGUGGGGUUAAGGUGUUAAUCACUGGGCCAUGGCAGGAAGACAGCAGUAGCUACACCUGUCUGUUUGAUCAGAUCUCCGUCCCAGCAUCCCUUAUCCAGCCAGGAGUGUUACGUUGCUACUGUCCUGCUCAUGACACAGGCCUGGUGACUCUACAGGUGGCUGUCAGUAAUCAGAUCAUCUCCAACUCUGUUGUGUUUGAAUAUAAAGCACGGGCUCUGCCCUCCCUGCCUUCAUCACAGCAUGACUGGCUGUCACUUGACGAUAACCAGUUCAGAAUGUCCAUCCUGGAGCGUCUGGAGCAGAUGGAGCGCAGGAUGGCUGAGAUGGGCGGUCAGCAACAGCAGGGCAGCGGAGGAACACCAGGAGGUGGAGGAGGAGGUGGAAAUGGAGGCUCUAAUAACCAGUCUCAGGUAUUCUUAAAUCAGGCGGGGAGCUCCUUUGAGAGUCGUGUGGUAGUUGUUUGUGAGAAGAUGAUGAACCGGGCCUGCUGGGCCAAAUCCAAACAUCUAAUUCACUCCAAGACCUUUAGGGGCAUGACCUUGCUGCACCUUGCUGCAGGCCAGGGCUAUGCAACCCUCAUCCAGACUCUCAUUAAAUGGCGCACUAAACAUGCAGACAGCAUUGAUCUGGAGCUAGAGGUGGACCCUCUCAAUGUGGAUCAUUUCUCUUGUACUCCGCUGAUGUGGGCAUGUGCUUUGGGUCACCUAGAGGCAGCAGUGGUCUUGUAUAAGUGGGACCGGAGAGCACUGGCCAUCCCAGAUUCCCUGGGUCGCCUGCCCCUGUCUAUCGCCCGCUCCCGCGGCCACACCAAGCUGGCCGAAUGUCUGGAGCAGCUCCAGAGAGAGGAGCAGCAGCAGACCCCGUCCUCCCUGCACCCCACCUCCAGCAUGUCUUUCUCUCCAAACCCUGACAUCCCCACCUCCAACAGCUGGAUGGUCAGCUGGGAUAGCGACAGUAUGGUGGCACCCAGUGGGCAAAACUCUGGUACAGCAAACACCACCACGACCGCCUGCACCAACCAGAACCCUGAUUUGAGACGGCCAAGAUCAGAGCCCUCCAGCUACUACAGCAACGAGUGUCAGCGAGAUCUUCCGCUCGCCAAAAAACACAAGCCCAACCCCGAGCUCGUGCAACCACAGCUGGAUAAACCAUCAGUUCCUUUAAAUGUGGAUCAGCAGACACAUAAACUGUCCAACAGCCCUAAGACACUUCCCUCCAGCCCCGACAAAAACCCCUCUGAGGAGAGUUUGGGGGCACAAACUAAGCUAGGCCCUUUUCGUGGAGGACACAAGUGGGGCACUAGAGAGGCGGUCAGGAAGGGUGGUAGCAGCAUUGGAAAAGAGAAGCUGGCCAAUCGGCUGCGACAGCGUGGAGAGCCCCUCAGCAUGCUGGGAAUGGUACACACGGAGAUGCUGUCCUACCAGGAGGAUCAGGAAAAUCAGGACUGUCUCUCACACAUGGAAGACCUUCAGGCAAACAUGAUGAGCUUGGCAGAGCACAUCAUCGAGGCCACUCCAGAGUGUAUCAAACGGGAGCAUUUCCCAGCGGUGAAGUCCGUUCCUCUGGACAACACUGGGCUCACCAACACCAUGAGCUGGCUGGCCAGUUAUCUGGGGGACGUGGAGCACCUGCCCAGCAUCAUCCACCUGAGUCCCAUAUACAACGAACCCCUGACCCCAUCCUCCAACACUAGUCUGAGCCCGGGUAACUCACCCAUGAACGAGGGUCCGUUUGAGAAGCCCACGUUGCCUGCUCCAGCCGAGUGGAGUGAGUUUCUCCGAGCUUCCAACAGUAAAGUGGAGCGAGAGUUGGCCCAGCUAACCCUGUCCGACCCAGAGCAGAGGGAACUCUACGAGGCCGCACGGCUGGUGCAGACCGCUUUCCGCAAGUACAAGGGACGCCCACUGCGAGAGCAACAGGAAGUUGCCACCGCUGUCAUUCAGCGCUGUUACAGGAAGUACAAGCAGCUAACAUGGAUAGCCUUGAAGUAUGCACUUUAUAAAAAGAUGACGCAGGCCGCCAUCCUUAUCCAGAGUAAGUUUCGCAGCUACCAUGAGCAGAAGAAGUUCCAGCAGAGCCGAAGGGCGGCCGUGCUGAUCCAGCAAUGCUACCGCAGCUACAAAGAGUUCGGCAGGCUGCGGCCUCGACGCCGAACUGCCACCAGCGCGCUGGUCCAGCACAAACUCAGAAGCAGUUUGCUCAGUAAGAGGCAAGAUCAGGCCGCCCGCAAGAUCAUGAGGUUUCUCAGACGUUGCCGUCACAGCCCCUUGAUGGACCAUAGACUAUUCAAGCGGAGCGAGAGAGUUGAGAAAGGCCAAGGAACAUGAGAGCGUCCAGAAGAGCCCCCUCCCAAUGUGACAUUACUCUCCAGACUCUUCUGUUCAUCUUUUCGGUUUCAACCAGAGACGUUUUACAAGUGGAAAAAAAUAACAGCAAGAACACUGAAACUCUUACCGCUACUGUAUGACUGAUACUACUGCUACUAAACUACCACCUUUAUUUCAUAUCUCUUUAUUCCUUCAAUGUUUCUUUUAUGAAGGAGGAGCCAACAGCUGUGGAUCAGACAAACUUUAAAUGACGUUUUUAGGAGGAAUAACAUUCGCUUCUUGGCAUUUUUUGCACUUUUCAAUGGAUCUCAUUGUCAUUUUUGAGGAUUGCUUCGUUUGAAGGAUAAACAGAAUGGAUGAAGUUUUGCUCUUCAGUGGCUCACGAAGGAAAGGCAGAGGAAGAUGAGGACAAAAUAUGGAGUCGACACAAAAACAUGGCCGGGCCUGUUCAAAGUGUGUUUCAAAGACGAAAUGUCAUGUUCAGUGGGUCAAAUUGUUACCAAAAACAAUGAAUAGUUUAUGAAUUAGUUUUUCUACGUUCUUCAAUCCUCAUUCAUUAAUGUUCCUAAUAGUCACCCAUCUUCUUACUACAAGAGAAGUGGGCAGCUGAUGAAUGUAGGAGUCAAAUAAGCAAACCCCGGUGAUGCGUCCAAUGCUGAUUUGAUUUCAGUCGAGAAGUAUACAAAUGAAAUCAAUAACUGUUUUUAAAUUGAUGAUGUUUGCCAAAACUAAGCCCAAUGAAAUCACAUAGCGAUGGAUCUCUCGCUCCAGGCAGAUCUUAUGUAUGUUUGAAACAAGGCAAGAAAGAUUUUUUUAAACUCUGUGAAUGUACUGGAGACACCCAAUGCCACAAGAUUUAGUUUUCCCUUCCCCGUAAGGCUUCAUCUUCUUCUUAAGGUCAUUAGUUUUUAGCAAAAGUUACAAACAUUGCCUUGAUAUAUUUAACAUACUUCGAGGGGUCUCCACACCUGAGGGUUAGACAGAUCCAUAUUUUUGACAAUUGAGCGGUUUCAUGUAUAUAACGAGGAUUGCUGGUACGCGGAGUAAAACAUUUAUCGAAGCAGGAAUGUAUUUUAGAAAUAUAUUAUUUUACUCAUUGAAAGGGAUCAAAACAGAUUAGCAUCAAAAAUCUGAAUAUUUGUAUAGUUUUGUUCGAAUGCCUAAGAAGUAUGGUUGUAUCGUUUGUACAUAAUGUAAAUACCUGGGAUAAAGUCAAGCUACUGUAUGUGCAUGACAAAAACGAUCAAAGAUACAAAAAAAGAUGAUCAAAAGCAUUAGUGGCUAUGCUCUGUAAAACUAUUUCACUAUAAGAGUAUUUUAUUUUACUUUGAAUGUUCUUGAGAAGAACAUUUUGCUAAAGCAUGACUUUCCUGCAAUUAUGAAAAAUAUUGUAUUUAUGAGGUACUGUAGGAGAAAUGGCAAAAUGAUCAUUAGACAAAAAAUGGUUAUGUUUACAUCUAUUCGUUUGUUUGUUUUUUGGGGCUACCAAGAAUCUUUUUGCCAACGGUGCCAAGUAAUGUGAAUGCUACCGCUUAACAAAGGUUCAUUAUUGCUGAACAGAUAAUCAUAGUAAAAUGUGAUCAAUUCACUUCUCAAAUUCAUGCACAGGUCUCACAUGAUGGUGCAAUUCAAAAUGCAUUUUAUCACAUAUCCCAUUAGGUUGUAUUUAUACUGUAUAUUUUAUUGUUAUGUGUUUUAUGGCCCAAACAUGUUAAAGGGGACAUAUCAUGAAAAUCUGACUUUUUUUUGUUUAAGUGCUAUAAUUGGGUCCCCAGUUUCUCUAUCAAUCUAGAAAAUGAUGUAAACAUUGAAAUUUGGCUCCCCCUGUGAUGUCACAAGGGGAUAAUACCACCCCUUAAUCUGCACUAUCCAACCACAGCACUGCCAUUAAGUGCAUAGAUCAGCUCAUUUGCAUUUUAAAGGACACACAUAAACGGCACAUUUUUGCUCACACCUACAAAGUGGCAAUUUUAACAUGUUAUAAUAAAUUAACUAUAUGAUAUUUUCAGCUUAAACUUCACAUAUGUACUCUGGGGACACCUAAUAUUUAUUUUACAUCUUAAAAAAGUCUUGUGAAAUGUCCCCUUUUUAAAGCAACGCUGUAAAAUUUCUUUUAUUUAUGAUGGAUACUGGACCUUAUAGCAGCAUUAUGCACCUUUACUGUAAGUAUACUAUAUGAUUUCGAUCAAAUCUUCCGAGUUGACCGUAAUGACAGUUCAUCUCUCACACAGAAGCUGAAACAAUGCCAACAGUGUCAGUGACCUCUUUCAAACCAACACUGCUAUACCGAGCGAGUCUUUUGGUGCUAAAACGUUGAUGUCUAGGGACUGAUGGACCUCCAAAGAUGAGUAAACAUUGCAGUAAUGUUACUUAGAACAAAGUUAUCAAAUUCUUGUCAGAAAAUAAUCAAGAUGAUGCACAAAUAUCUUUAAGACUUCAGAUUCCUCCAUCUUCUGUAUUCGCCUUUUCAUUUCUUCAGAGUUCUUAUGUUGGAAGUGCCUGAUCAUAUUUUCACUCCAGCAAGAAGUGUUUCAGCAUGCGAGGUUUAUGAGAGAAUUACUGGCAUUGGCACGAAAUGAAUUAUGUCGGUUUUAUUUCCUAUCAUGUCUGCACAUUCCCUCUGUUAUUUCAUGCCAUUGCACCGUGAGUUCAUGUCUUUGUCUUAUUUAACUUGUGUCCUCUAUUGGAACUGCCAGAUAUUCUGAGGGCUUGCCUUGCGUUCACCAUUCCGAAAACAGUUAAGGUUGUCAGCUAAUGCACUGCGGUGGCAACUCGAGUCUUAUUAUGCUUGCAUGGGUAACAUAGAUAACCGGGCGUCUUUACGGCACCCAAAGCAUGCUUAUUUUUGUAGAUUUGGUAGAAGAAAUACUGUUCUGGAAAGCAGUUGGUUUCAUGGGUUGCAAAAGUUUGAGGGCUUCUAAUGGACAAGUAACUUGCAGUCAAACCGCUGGCUCAUAUUUAACUUAAGUCUUUAUUUCCGAUAGGAUUCGGCUUCCUGUUUAGUUUUAAAUCGCAUUAAGUUUCACUUCACUUACCGUUAAUUUACAGAGACAGGUCAAAAAAAACGUGUACCUCAUAUAAAAACACACCACCGAACUGUGUCCAUCUCCACGUCCAAGUGUCCGUGGCACUAGUGCAGAUGAAACCUCGGGUGUGAAUCCUAACUCAGGUGCCAAACAGGAGAAAAAGAAGUAGAGCAGGUCGCUUGAAAAUUAGCUGCUGCUUAUAGGGAAACGAGCCAGACCGUCCUGAUCAAAUUACUGUGAUUCUCAAUACGUCAUGCUGUUCGGUUUUAUUUUGAUCAACUAUGUGAGCUGAGUUGGCACUUGAACGAAUACAAACGUGUCUGAUAGCUGUGUAAAUACGCAUGGAUGUUUCGGCGGUGCAAAACUCCUGCACCUUCUCGAUCAUAUAGUCACACUGCCGUAUAUAUACUCCAUCUGAGAGUACACAACAUCAUCACAACAGUUACUGUAGCUUUAGAUGAACGGCUGUAACCUCAUACGGAUUUGUUUUGAGAAUUCCACUUUGAUCUGGAAUGCUUUAGCUCAGCCCACAGAAGAUACCUCAUGGUUUUUGUUUUUCUGUGACAUCACCGACUACUAAUAGAGACUGCCUUUACUUCUAGGUUUUUAGAAAGGUAGACACAAAGGAUAACCGAGGCCCUGGAAAUUAUCCCACUAGUUUUAACACUCAUGGACACAGAGCAAUAAGCAACGACCAGUAGAUCUAAUGGGGACUGUGAUGUAUCGGACACACGUAGCUGACUCUUAUGCAAAUGCCAGUAUUGUGAGAUUAGAAUGCGGUAGUUUAAGGACAGCGCUUAUACGACACCCUUCACGGAGCUGCACGUUUUCAUCCCUUUGGAAAUCCAGAAAAUAACGGCCCUGCCUUUAUUACAAGCUACACUUGGGGCUCUCUACACUUUGCAUGUUAAACUAGUGUUAGAUCUUUCCUCUCCUCUAGCUGUCUUUCUCUCUGUCUUUCUCGAUUAUGUAGCCCUCUCCCUUCCCGAUACCCCAUUGAGUUCGACUUGUUUCCGUUCCUUUUUCGUUUCGAUGUCUUCGUUUUCUUCCUUGCCCUGGUUUGAACGGUUUAUUUUUGUAAUUGUGCAUGUUAAAGAGUCACUGAAUUGAUGGAUGUUAAUAAAGUGAAUUCAGCUGCUGAAGCCAUGCAAAAUGUUUUGAAUUGCCCUUAAAAUAUGAAAGAUGUUUUCUGAAUGCUUUAUAUUCUCUCUGCUGUAAAAUAAUAAAAGGGGAAAACAAAAAAAAAAAA